UUUUUCAAAUGAUCUACUUUUUAAGAAGCAAGAAGUAAAUUUUUCAAGAAGUAAUUUAAUUGGAUUAGAGUAUUACUUACUGGGAUUAUAGCCGAACUUGUCUGGAAUAUGAAAUUUCUUUGCUAAAUUACCUUCAAUCAGAAGACCACGCAGCCGUUUCUCAUAGAAAUUUUUUACGUCGUGGACGAAUAAAGUACACAAAUGCACCCUAGAUUUCCUACCACUCAUUCCAAAACGAGCUGCCCCCUUCUCCAAUCAACCCCCAUAGUCAAAAAAUCCACGGAGGAAAAUCUUCAAGCUCACCCCAUGUAUAGCAAGAUAAAUAUUCAAGUCCUUUCCAAAAUCCACCAUAGAACUUUGUUCGUCUUGUUUAGCACGCACUUGAAACUUAAUUCUACAAAAUGGGAAUGGUUCUUGGAAGGAUCACCGUGGAAACCCCAGAGUAUGAAGUGAUUCAGUCCACCAGUGAAUAUGAAAUCCGCAAAUAUGCACCGUUAGUUCUUGCAGAAUUCACGUAUGAUCCAUCCCUAUUCAAAGGCGACAAAGAUGGCGGAUUCAUGGUGCUAGCUAAUUACAUAGGAGCCGUAGGCAAUCCACAAAACACCAAGCCUGAAAAGAUAGCCAUGACAGCUCCAGUUAUAACCAAAAGUGGUGGUGAAAAGAUUGCCAUGACAGCUCCUGUAGUGACAAAGGAGGGUGCUGGAGGGGAGAAGAUGGUUACUAUGCAGUUUUUGUUGCCCGCCAAGUAUAAGAAGGCAGAGGAGGCACCGAAGCCAACAGAUGAGAGGGUGGUGAUACGGGAAGAGAGGGAGAAGAAGUAUGGGGUGGUGAAAUUUGGAGGUGUGGCUACAGACAAGGUGGUGGAGGAGAAGGUGGAGAAGUUGAAAAAGAGCUUAGAGAGAGAUGGGGCUAAGGUGAACGGGGACUUCGUGUUGGCAAGGUAUAACCCACCUUGGACUUUGCCUCCUUUCAGAACUAAUGAAGUGAUGAUCCCAAUUGAGUGAGUAAGAAGCUGUGUUUUUCUAGUAUCUAAUAAAGGCAGUCGUCUUCUUCUUCUUCAAUUUUUUUUUUUUUUUACUAGUUAGAAGGUUUGAAAUUUGUAUUGGCUUUGGCCACAGUUUCAAUUCCAUAUAUUUCAUGAGUAUGAUAAGCUUGCUUA